AUGGCUCAUGCACUCGUCUUUCUUCUCGUGUUUCAUCUUCUCGUCUUCCUGUCCAAUCCAAUCGCAAUCUUAGCAGCAGGAUCAACCAACAAUUCCGAGAUCGACCGGCAAGCCCACCUAAACUUCCAGCUAGGCAUCAGCGAUGAUCCACUUGGCGUCCUGAGCUCAUGGGGAAACGUCUCAUACUGCAGCUGGAGAGGGAUCACCUGUCGUAAGGCUCUUCCACUUCGAGUUGUUUCACUAGACCUGUACUCGCUGCAGCUGGCUGGACAAUUGUCAUCGUCUCUUGCUAACCUUACUUCGAUAAUACGGUAA